CCCCGACCAACUCGUGGGAUAACUCAGUAGGGAUAACUCGGUAGGGAUAACUCGGUUUGAGCUCGAAAGAGAGAGGAAGAAACUAAAAUGAGUUUAGAACCGUUUAUUUACAGCUUCGUGGCUCGAGGAACAAUGAUCUUGGCCGAGUUCACUGAGUUCACCGGGAAUUUCCCAGCUAUAGCGGCUCAGUGCUUGCAAAAACUCCCUUCUUCUAGCAACAAAUUUACUUACAAUUGUGAUCACCAUACCUUUAAUUUUCUCGUUGAAGAUGGUUACGUUUAUUGUGUUGUUGCAAAGGAUUCCGUGGGAAAGCAAAUCUCUAUUGCUUUUUUGGAACGUUUGAGAGCGGACUUUAAGAAAAGAUACGGGGGUGGAAAAGCAGAUACAGCUAUUGCAAAAAGUCUCAAUAAGGAGUUUGGGCCGAUUAUGAAAGAGCACAUGAAAUAUAUCAUCGAACAUGCUGAAGAAAUCGAAAAGCUAAUAAAGGUGAAGGCCCAAGUUUCGGAAGUUAAAAGUAUAAUGUUGGAGAAUAUUGACAAGGCGAUCGAUAGAGGAGAAAACCUAGUGACACUUGCCGACAAGACCGAGAAUCUACGUGAUCAGGCACAGGCAUACAGGAAACAAGGGACACAAAUCCGUCGGAAGAUGUGGUAUCAGAACAUGAAGAUAAAGUUGGUGGUUCUCGGAAUCUUGAUACUUCUAAUCCUUAUAAUCUGGCUUUCCGUUUGUCACGGAUUCGAUUGCAACAACAAGUAGUGUCCGAGUCCAUUGGAGAAGUAAGAUUGUUGUGACAUACAACGAACGAGCUGUUUCGGUACUGAGGGGUUUAGAAGGAUCAUCGUUCAGUCAAGCGUAAGCAUUUGAUAUCUUCUUCGGCGAGUUGGUAUCGGGAAGUUUUAGGGUUUGUCGGAAGGAUGAAACAGGAACAGGGGGAGAAAUCCGUACCAUGGUUUCUGUACUUAGUGGUAUUGCCUGAAGAAAAACACGAUGCUUUUUAUUUCUUUGUUCUUAAUUUUAUUCUAUGGGAAUGAAACUUUACAAAGAAAAAAUAUUUUAAUACAAUGGUGAACAUGACCAACUCAUGUGUGCUAUAUGUCGUGAAUUACUCGAAGUUGAUCCAAUUAGGAAUGAUUAUUUGAUUUAUGC